AUGAACCACUUUGCGUCAGCAUGCAGAUACAAGUCGUCACAUAGGCCGCCUCCCAGGAAUUCUGAUAAACAGACAUAUUCCAGAAAAAACAACAAACGCAAUCCUGAUUCUCAAGUUCAUGCUAUAGAAGAAGACUUCGAGGAUGAUUUUUUUAUUGGUAGUAUCAACAACAAUGUGGACGCAGUUGAUGAAGCUGACAGAACAGAAGUUUUCGCAGAUAUAGUAGUGAAUGAUCAUCAUUCCAUCAGCAUGAAACUUGACACUGGUGCACAAGUAAACAUUCUUUCAGAAAGUGACUACAACAAUUAUGCUGACACUCUAGGACCGCUGGAGAAAGCAAACUCAAAAUUACAUGCGUACGGAGGUAGAUGGCUGGAUGUUCGUGGAACUGUUAGACUGAAAUGUACGUAUGGAGGUACAAGUGACAAUCUCAAAUUCUUUGUUGUGAGUGAAGAAGGACCUUCCAUAUUGAGUCUGAAGUCAUGUGAAGACAUGAAACUCGUAAAAGUUCUUCUAUCGGUAGAAGCCAAGAGAAUCUGUCAUUCAAGUAAAGCUGAAGACAUGAUCAAGGAAUAUGAACAUGUAUUCAAGGGACUUGGUCAUAUGAAAGAAGAGUACAGGAUACAGGUGGGUGACAGUGUGUCACCUGUUAUUCAUGCACCGCGAAAGCUGCCUAUAGCAAUGGAAGAGAAAGUCAAGUUGGAACUUCAGCGUAUGGAAAACCUACAAGUAAUAUGUAAGGUUGAUGAGCCAACACAAUGGGUAAACUCAAUAGUGGUAGUCACCAAGCCCUCGGGUGACAUUCGUUUGUGUCUGGACCCUGCAGAUCUUAACAAAGCAGUUCGCAGAGAACAUUACAAAAUGCCAACAAUAGAAGAUGUUACAAGCAAAGUAGCUGGGCACAAGUACUUUACAGUCCUUGAUGAUAAGUCAUCAUACUGGCAGAUUCCCUUAGACCACGAGUCAUCACUGUUGACAGCAUUCAACACACCGUUUGGGCGGUAUCGCUUCCUGCACUUACCAUUCGGAAUUAAAAGUACAAGUGAAGUGUUCCAGAAACGUAUGGACAAAGCAUUUGAAGAUCUGAAAGACACUCACCCUAUUGUGGAUGACAUUCUGAUAUCAGGCAGAACUAUUCAGGAGCAUGACGAGAACCUGAAAGAAGCACUGGAAACAGCAAGCAAGAAGGGUAUCAAACUAAAUGUUGACAAACUUCAACUGUGCCAAACAGAAGUCAAGUUCUUUGGCGAGCUUCUUACUUCUGAGGGCAUGAAGCCAGACCCAGAGAAGAUUGAGGCGGUGAGACAAAUGGAAACACCAACCUGCAAGAAAGAGCUUGAAGGAUACCUGGGUAUGUUUACUUACUUAGCCCAGUAUGCGCCAUCUCUAUCAGAGAAAACACAUGUCCUCCGUGAGCUCAUUAAGAACGACUCACACUGGGAUUGGACAUCAAAUCAUGACAGAGCUUUUCGUGAGAUAAAAGAUCUCAUCACAAGGUCACCAGGGCCUGUGCUGCAGUAUUUUGAUCGAAAGAAAGAUGUGAUUCCUCAGGUCGAUGCAUCACAAAAUGGCGUUGGAGCCGUGUUGUUACAGGAGAAAGGACCUGUAGCAUAUGCCUCAAAGGCAAUGACAGAUUCACAGCGUAAUUACGCACAAAUAGAAAAGGAAAUGAUGGCAAUCGUGUUCGGGUGUGAAAACUUUCACCACUACCUCUUUGGAAAAAGCUUCAAGGUCAUCUCCGACCAUAAACCACUUGAGACAAUAUUUAAAAAACCAUUACAUGCUGUUCCGCUGAGACUGCAAAGAAUGCGUAUUCGUCUACAGAUGUACGACAUGACCGUUCAGUACACACCUGGGAAGGAGAUCCCAGUGGCAGAUAUGCUAUCGAGACACUUUAAAGAGACAGACAAACUGCUCAACAUUAACUCGCUAGAUGACGAUGUACAAGCAUAUGUACACAUGGUCAUAUCCAACCUGCCAAUCUCCAACGACAAGAUGUCUGACAUCAGAGCUGCAACAAGUCAGGAUACAUCGCUACAAGCAGUAGCAAAGUAUAUCCACAAUGGAUGGCCUACACCGGUCAAGGAAUGUGUCUCAGAAACCCGUGACUAUUGGACAUUUCGUGACGAAUUAAGUCGUGUUGAAGGAAUUCUGUUUAAAGGGAGAAAAGUAAUUAUUCCCACUGUAAUGAGAGAGCAGAUGUUGGAGAGAAUUCAUACAGGUCACAUGGGCAUGCAAAAGUGCAAAGAUCGUGCCAGGGAUCUUCUGUACUGGCCUCGGAUGUCCAGUGACAUUGAGAGGAUGGUAGAUCUGUGCAGUGUUUGUCAACAAUAUCGAAUGAUGCCAAGCAAAGAGCCUAUGAUUCCCACAGAUAUUCCAAGUCUUCCUUGGAAAAUGGUGGCAACAGAUGUCUUCCACUUCAGUGGGCGUGAACACUUGCUAGUUGUUGACUACUAUAGCCGGUACAUAGAGAUCGCUGCACUGACAAACACAAAGGCAUCUUCUGUAAUAACCCAUAUGAAGUCAAUCUUUGCACGCCAUGGAGUGCCAGACAAAGUUAUCUCGGAUAAUGGACCCCAAUAUGCGUCAAGUGAAUUCAAACAGUUCUCACGGUCAUACGACUUCAAACAUGUGACAUCUUCUCCAACCUAUCCUCAGGCUAAUGGACUAGCCGAGAAGUCUGUUGAGACAGUCAAAAGAAUGUUGCUGAAAGCAAAGGAAAGAAAUGAAGACCCAUACUUAUCACUCCUUGCAUAUAGGAACACCCCUGUAUGUGCUCUUGGAUCGCCUGCUCAACUGCUGAUGAGUCGAAGACUCAACACAAACUUGCCUUGCCAUAAUGAGAUGUUGCAACCGAAAGUGGUCAACCCAGAGAAUGUUCGGAAGGCAAUAACAGAGGCGCGAAUGUACCAGAAACAGUAUUAUGAUCGAACGUCCAAAGUUCGACAACCCCUGUAUCCGGACGGCAAAGUGCGAGUGAAACUUGGAAGAGAUUGGGUACCAGCAACGAUCACAAAAUCAGCUGAUACUCCCAGGUCUUACCAUCUGAAAACUAUGAACGGUGUUGCAUAUCGGAGAAAUCGACGUGACAUAAACCCCACCAAAGAACUCUUCCAGACCAACCAACAACACCUGAACCAACGUCCAGCUCAUCGAUGA